AUGUGCUUGCUUUUGAGAAAAUCAGAAUUCUUCAGAUUAGUACUUGGUAUAAUUACUAUGUUUAUUUUAUGUUUACCUGAAUUUUUCAAAGUCCAUGAAGAUAACACUGUAAUUGUGUCAUGCAUGGAUACCUGUUCAUCAAAUAACAUCACUUUUCCACUUUGUACUUUUAACAAUUCUUGCAAAAGAUCAGUGCAACAAAGCAGAGAAAACCAGACUAUUUUACUGAAGGUCGUUUUAAAUCAUUCUAGUUUCCAAAAUAUUCCAUGUAUUUGCCUGCCCUCCAGGAAGGAACAACAAUCCCAUACUAAAUACACAGAGUGUGAAUACAGGAGAGAUGUGAACAUUGAUCAUCAAGGAUCAUGGUCGGUAGAUAAAAAAACAAAAGGCUCACUUGAAGUGAAAAGGGAAGAUGUUAUUUACUUUUAUAAAUAUUUUAAUUUCACUACGGUUUCCAAGAAAGAAGUAGACCAUAAUACUCACUACCUCCUGGAAAUCCACAUCAACAGUUCUAUAGUCAGAGGAAGAAAUGCCGAAGAAUACCUAAAUCAUUCCUGUCUAAUGGCAAUGAUGGAAGACCAAAAUGACUGCAUGAAUAUUUCACUGCAUCUGAAGUCUUCCAUGGAAUAUCCAAUGUGUAUGACAAAGAUCAUCUGGCUCACUAUGAUUCCAGUAGUUUUUGUGUUUACUAUUUCAAUCGUCAUCUACAAAAUAGUUCAAGAAAAUGAACAAAACUAUUGUAAACACAGAGUUGCAUCAUCAGUUUCUACUGUUCUAAGAAGAGUGGGUUCCAGACAUGCAAGAAGAACCAUAUCUGCUACUAAAAUUCAUCCUUUUUCUGUGAAAACCAGCAAACAAGAGAUUCUACUUGCUGCACAGACCACAAAGAUACUGCCCGUAAUUCCUGAACAAGAGCACUGUCAUGUGGGUGCAUUAACUGUAGAAGGUAAGUAUUUAUCAUACAACUCUGAUUAUUCUGUUUUGUCUCAUAUUUUUAGGAUUAAUAGUAUGCAAUAUCUGCUCAAAAUGAAUUACUGCUUCUUCUAGCCAGGUAUAUGAGAUGAGAAAUUGGAAAAUAUGUUUUGUGAGAGGUAGAUGGGAGGGAAACAAAAUCAAUUUUCCUUCUGCUACCAAGAGUCAUCUAUAAGCUAAUGUGUUAGCCUUUAAAACCCUGUGUGUCCCUGAAGGGCCCAGUGCAAAUUCUGACACUAUUUUUCUAGUGUAGAAUAUUGUGUCCUGGACUUCAGCAUUAUGAUGACAUUUGUUUCUGACAAGCACAGAGGACAAAAGCAAUUUGCAAAUUAUCUCUAAAGAAAAGCACAUGUUUGAAAUAAAUAGUUUGCUGAUCAAAUUCCACAAACAAAAGAAAUAGAUUGCU